AUGAUGUCUAGUCUCACCGUCGUCGUGGUUGGGGUGUUCAUUGCAGUAAUUGCAGUUGCACAAUUAGUUUCCAGCUUUCCAGACAACAGAGAAUCGCAGAAUCUUGGAGAAAUUCUAAUUCGUCGACCACGGUGCAUCCCAUACGGCUGUACCUAUGGACGUUGGAGGAGGCCAGAUGGAACUCUUUGCAGGAUUCGCUACCGCAUCUAUGGAUUUUGCAAGAAUGGGAUUUGCUCUAUUCCAAGGCCACCCACAACUACAGCAAGACCAGUUUCUCCGCCUAAACCUACCCCAACCACCACUACAGCUCCUCCGACCACACCCACUAAAACACCCCCGACAGCUCCUCCGACGACACCCACCCCAACCACCUCAACAGCUCCUCCAACCACACACGCCCCAACCACGAAAGCUGCUUCACCGACCAAACCCACUCCAACCCCAACAACAGCUCCUCCUACCACACCCAUCCCAACCAAGUCCGCAGAUCCAACAACCAAACUCAAUCCAAUCACCACAACAACUCCUCCAGUCAAAUCCACUCCGAUCACCACAACCACUCCGAGCAAACCAACCGCAACAGCUCCUCGUACGUAG